AUGGCGACUACAACGCAAAAUCCCCCCAGCUCUACGGUAUAUGUCAAGAACCUUGAAGAACGCAUAAAGAUCGACCAGCUCAAGGAAGCCCUCACCGAGAUCUUCUCCGAAUAUGGCAACAUCAUUGACCUAGUGGCCAAGAAGAACCUCAAGGCCAAAGGGCAGGCGUUCAUUGUUUUUGAAUCACCCGACGAUGCGGCCAAAGCCAUUGAGGAAGUCAACGGCUUUGAGCUUUUCGACAAGCCGAUGCAGCUGGACUUUGCGCGCACCCGGUCUGACGCUACUGUACGAAAAGAGGAAGGCGAUCAAGGCCUGGAAAAGUGGAAGCGAGCGCGUUUGGCGGAGAAAGAGCGGAAACAAGCUCUUGAGGCCACACAACAGAAACUAAAGAGACCUGCGCCCGCCACAGGCGCCCAGGAAGGAGCUGGUCUCACCGCUCGGCCUGUGAAGGCGGUCAAGGGCGCCGGCCUCAAGCCUUCGGGCGCGAAUGCGGCCGCCAUCAUCCCUGACGAAUAUCUACCCCCGAAUAAGAUUUUGUUUAUCAGGGAUUUGCCGGACAGCUACGAUGCCGAUGGGUUGUCGAGGAUAUUUAGCCGAUUUGAAGGCUUCAAAGAGGUCAGAAUGGUGCCGGGAAGAAAGGGGAUCGCAUUCGUCGAGUACGAGUCCGAAGCCGGUGCUAUCAGCGCGAAAGAGGCCACGGCCGGAAUGCAGCUUGGGGAUGAAGGUAAAGGGAUCAGGGUCACGUAUCAACGAGCAUGA